AUGGAUGGUGAUGAUUUUAAUGAGGAUUAUAAAGAGCUACGUCAAAGCCUUAUAGCUAGACGAGAAUCUUUUAGAGAAACUCAAGAUCAAAUUCAACAAUUCAAUUAUUCUAAUUCCCCAGUUUUAAAAUUACCGUCAGAAGUUUUAUUACAAAUAUUUCAUUAUUUGGAAAGGAAGGAUUUAUUCGCGUUAUUAACCGUUUGCAGAGAAUUCGCUAAUUUAAUUAUCGAAAUUCUAUGGUUCAGACCAAAUAUGCAAAAUGACGUGGCUUUCAAAAAAAUCAGAUCAAUUAUGGAAUUACCCAAACAUUCUACUCAUUGGGAUUAUAGAAGUUUUAUCAAACGUUUAAAUUUAUCCUUUAUGACAAAACUUGUUGAUGAUUCUUUGUUACUUUUAUUUAUUGGAUGUCCAAAACUAGAAAGACUUACUUUGGUUAAUUGUACUAAAUUAAGUCAUGUUCCAAUAACGUCAGUACUUGAAAAUUGUGAAAAACUACAAUCAAUUGAUUUGACUGGAGUUCAAGAUAUUCAUGAUGAUAUAAUAUAUGCAUUAUCUAGGAAUUGUACUCGAUUACAAGGUCUAUAUGCUCCAGGUUGUGGAUCUGUUUCUGAAGAUGCAAUUUUAACUCUACUCAGAUCUUGUCCAAUGUUGAAAAGAGUAAAAUUUAAUAAUAGUGAUCAUAUAACAGAUGAAAGCAUAAUAGCAAUGUAUACAAAUUGUAAAUCUUUGGUUGAAAUUGAUUUACAUAAUUGUCCUAAUGUUAGUGAUAAAUAUUUAAAACAAAUUUUUGCAGAUUUGUCUCAAUUAAGAGAAUUUAGAAUAAGUAAUGCUGCUGGAAUAACAGACAAAUUAUUCGAAUUAAUCCCAGAAGAUCAUUAUCUUGAAAAAUUAAGAAUUAUUGAUAUCACUGGUUGUAAUGCAAUUACUGAUCGUUUAGUUGAAAAAUUGGUCAAAUGUGCUCCAAGAUUAAGAAAUGUGGUUUUAUCUAAAUGUAUGCAAAUUACUGAUGCUUCAUUAAGAGCAUUGGCUUUGUUAGGUAGAAGUUUACAUUAUGUUCAUCUUGGACAUUGUGGUUUAAUUACAGAUUUUGGUGUUCAAUCUUUAGUUCGUUCAUGCCAUCGAAUUCAAUAUAUUGAUUUGGCUUGUUGCUCCCAAUUAACUGAUUGGACUUUAAUAGAAUUAGCAACUUUGCCAAAAUUAAGAAGAAUUGGUUUAGUUAAAUGUAACUUAAUUACUGAUGGUGGUAUAUUAGAAUUGGUCAGACGUCGUGGUGAACAAGACUGUUUGGAAAGAGUUCAUUUAUCAUAUUGUACUAACUUGACUAUUGGUCCUAUAUAUUUAUUAUUAAAAAAUUGUCCAAAAUUAACACAUUUAUCAUUAACGGGUAUUGCAUCCUUUUUAAGAAGAGAAAUCACUCAGUAUUGCCGUGAACCACCUCCAGAUUUUAAUGAAUAUCAAAGAACAUCAUUUUGUGUCUUUUCUGGUCAAGGUGUUAACAGAUUAAGAGAUCAUUUAAAUAGAGUUAUGGAAGAUCGGGCUUAUCUUAUAGAACAUGGUGAUUUCAAUAACGCAAUUGAUAGAAGAAGGAGAGCUAAUAAUACAACCAAUCAAUUCACUGAUGCGGUUAGACCCCCAGCUAAUAAUCUUAUAGAACCUGAUGUAUUAAAUGUUAAUAACCUUGAUGCAGAUAUGAAUAAUGAAAAUGAUAGAGUUGACGAAAGAGUUCGUAUGGUAAUGAUUGAAGAAAUGAAUGCAUGGGCAGCUAGGAGAGGUUUAGGAUUAUUGCAAAGUACAGAUGCUUCAGCAAGUAAUGAAGAUAUGGAACAAGUUCAUCGAGAAAUAUUUAGAGAAUUAGCAGAAGGGAAUAUGCCACCUGAUCAAAUGAGAGAACACUUUCAAAGUCUUAUAAGGAAUUAUUAUCGAAAUAGACGAUGGGUCGAAGAAGCUAAUCAACAAGCCGAUGAUGGCCUUGAAAAUACUGAUAAUGAAGCCAAUCAAUCAAUUCAUAUUAAUAGAGCCCAAACCACAAAUGCACCACAAAUUGUGCAACCUGCUGUUUUCCCUGGAGGAGCUGGUGUUAAUAAUAAUGACGAGGAUGUUGAUAUGGAGCCAGUUGAUUUAUUUCCAAGAAAUCAAAACUCCACUAAUUGAUAUUUAUUUCACGCCUAUGUUUAACUUAAUUUAAUUCUUGUUGCUUUUUUUUUUUUACUUACAAAAAAAAUUUACAUCCAUU